CCACACACAGAAGAAAAAAAAACCCAUCAAACUUAUACAUUACCUAAAGAUGGAGUACUACAAUAACUACGCAUCAGCUGCUCGUAAUUUAGUUGUUGCGGUAGCGAUGAUUGUGGUGGUGGUGGUAGGGUAUGGUGGCAUCGGCGGCGUCGAAGCGGAUUCCGGUUGCGGCCAUAAUGCAACCGACCCGGCAAUGCCGCCUUGUCGUAACCACUAUGCCCUUUGCAUAGACGAAGUUAUCUCGGGAUUGCGCGACACGACUCCGACGAAGGAGGGAUUCUUCGACUCCAAGUCGGUCCCUGGAGGUGGCUUCCGCGGGGCCGUUACAGGCUCCGCCAGUUGUGUCCCGGGGACCAGCGUCGACAACUGCAAGUACUGUCUUUCUACUGCCAAAAAAUUGCUGGACGAGUGCAGGUCGGUCACUUCUGGCUCGUUCAGCAACGAUGUUUGCACCAUGUGGUACGGCCAGAUCAUGUGAAAAACCCCUGAUGAGAGUGAUCUUUUAGCAUUGCUGUAUGUAUCCCGGGUUGGUUGCCGGUUGCUUUCGAGUAUUUCUCCUACUGUACGAGUGUGUCUUUGUGAUUGAAGUUGAUUACAAGUGUCGCCGGAGUGGACGAGCUAAGUUUUAUUUGCUUUUGAAGUGUGGUUUACGUCUUGGGUCGUUAGUGUUAGUGCAUGCAUGCUUGUUCUUUCUUCUUGUGUUUUAAUUGAGUACUAGUGAAUUUGUUGUGUAACUUAAGAAGUAGAAGGAGGAGACGGAGGAACGAGCUGUAGAGUUGGAGGGGAAAACUCAAAGAGAGCAGUCUGCUUCUCUGUUUAAACACAACGAAAAUUCAAGUACAGUAAAAAAUGGAAAGGGAAGUU